AUGAAGUUCACUCCAGUCGUUGCCGCCGGCCUUGUGGCCCUCGCCACUGCCCAGCCAGCUCGGGAUGCUCAAGGCGCGACUCUUGAGAUUAGCUGGGGAAAGGCUUGCGCUGGCUUUGAGCGAAACCUCAAAUGCGAGAAUUAUGCCCAGGAUUGCUGGGCCGAGUCGAAUAAGCGUGCGACCGAGCAGGAGGUUAUCGACUGCACCCAGAGAAAACUAAAAGAGGCCGCUCUCGGCAAGGAUGGUACACCAAUCAAGGAGCAACUUUGCGCGGGCUUUCUGGACCACCCAAAGUGCCGGGAAUUCGCUCAGGCUUGCGACGGAGAGUCUAAGGGUCGUUGGACCGGGCGAAAGGUUGUUCACUGCACCCAGAAGAAACUAGUCGGACCAGAUCUAGUAGCCGAACUUUGCGUGCCCUGGGAAAACGAAGAAGACUGCCUUGACCAGAUCACCGACUGCAACACCAACGGCAAGGUUUUGACCGACUGCAUGUCGCUCCCCGACUUGUACAGUAUCGUUGAUAUCCCUGCCCAACCUGCCCAACCCUAA